AUGUUCAUGGAUGAAUCUCUUGACGGCGUUGUCGUGGACUCGUCGUGGAGGAAGUCUCAUCAGUUGACACAGCAGUCGAGAGGAUGCCAGACAAUACCUUUUCACACGACAGAAACUGAAACCCAGGCCAUACACGUCUCUAACUGUGGUACACAAACAGAUACAAACGCCCAUCUGACUAACGAACAGCUAGAUCGUGACCUCGAGACCGAGUGCCCCGGUUUAACGGAUUUUCUACAACGUGUUGAGAAUAUGGUCAUUGAGGAGUUGGCUAAAAACGCCAAGAGUCACGCUUUUGAUGGAUAUGAAGUGAAUUGGGCUGACCAGAAUCAGACGGUGUCGUGCACACAUCGCCUACAGUAUACCGGUGCCCAGGAGAGGGGCCUUCAAGUCACAGGCGUGUCCUGGAGUUGCACAGGCUCUGUCAUAGCCUGUGCCUUUGGUCGUGUUGAUGAUGGAGACUGGAGCACAGAGAAGUCCUGCGUGUGCACGUGGAACCUAGACCGCAGAGGCCUUAACCCCAAAGUCCCUGAUAUGGUUAUAGAUGUGGCCACACCUGUCAUGUGUUUGUCCUUCCACCCCCAUCGUCCAUCUCUCAUUGCUGGAGGGCUGUACAAUGGGGAGGUAGUGGUCUGGGACACAUCCCACUCUCAAGACCCCAUUUUGGCUCAAACAGGUCUUUCAGCUGAUACCCAUAGAGAGCCAGUCUAUCAGGUUAACUGGAUUCCUGGGCCACGCAGAGGUGAGCUGGCUGUUCUGAGUGCAGGUUCAGGCGGCAGAGUUCUGGUGUGGAGUAUAGACAGUGCGGAGGGGAAGCUGAUGUUGAGCUCUGGCUAUGCUCUUGUCAGACAACAAAUCCCCCAAAGCAGUGGCAAGGCUAGAGGCAGCAGCAGUGUUGGUGUCACUUCAGUGGCUCUCUCCUCCUGGGACCAGGAUACUUUCUUGUUGGGCUCAGAGGGAGGUUUACUGCUGAAGUGUUCAUUUUCCAGUCAGACUGCGGCUGCAGUGGCCCCUGAUGGUGAACGUGUGACUCUGAUGGCCCCUGUACAGUUCUCCUUCACUCCACGCAGUGGCCCUGUCCAUUCUCUACACUACUCCCCAUUUCACAGGAAUCUGUUUCUGAGUGCUGGGACAGAUGGCUUGGCCCAUCUUCACAGUGUACUCCAGUCUGAUCCCCUGCUUUCUCUGCGUGUAUCUGACUCCUAUGUGUUCGGUGUGCGAUGGUCACCAACUCGCCCCCUAGUGUUUGCCGCAGUCACAGCAGAGGGCUCGGUGCAGAUUUUUGAUUUGGGUCGAAAGUCCUUGAGACCUGCAGCGACAAUCGACCAGACCACGGGAGGCCGGCCUGGUUACUGUCUGGAGUUUAACCCUCGACAGUCUCAUCUCCUGGCAGUGGGCAAUGCAGAUGGUUCAGUCAAUAUCUGGCAGCUGAGUGGAGAGUUAACAGAGCAGGGCCCUAGGGAAACUGCAGUCCUAGAACAACUGGCCAAUGAAGUGGCAGACUAA